CCCGCCCCGUCGAGGGGAGGUGCCGGGCUGCCGGAAGAGCGGGUCGGAUCGGCGGGGCAGAGGGCUCCGCACAGCUUCCGCCGCGGCAGGAGACGGGCCACCGGCGGCCAGUGGGGAUCACUAAAUUGAACAGCAAUAACCAUGGGAGAUGCUGCAAAAACUUGCUUUGCAAAACAAAAUAAGGAUCAGGAAAUUUUACAUCAAGAAGAAUUAAAAGGAAGUCCCUCACAGAAAGACUACCGAGUCAUGGAUGAAUACAGAAAUGGCCAUAGCAAUAAAACAGAUACCAGCCUGCAAAAGAAAAAGGGAACACGUUAUGAUUAUGGAAACAGUCCCAGGCGAGGGCCACGUAGUGUUUUGAGUAGCCCAAAUUCACUUAGAAACACAACUUACAGUCAAGGGUCAAAGUUAAGUGAUAUCCAGAGAGACCAAAUGAAGAAGUGGGUGUCUGAUGACCAUCGUGGUACUUCUGGCAGCUGGAGAGAGUACAGAUCUGUUGCCUGGAUUCCUGCACAUAGCCGGAAAAGAAAGGACUCUUUUCAUGAGGUUGAAGGUGGUGGAAACAGAAAUGUAAGACAACAGCUUCAGGAAGACUUAAUGAGUGAAGAUGUGCCAGACAUGCAGAAAGGAAGCUCUGAAAUGACAAAGCUUAAGAAACUAAGAAAAUUGAGAAGAACUAGACAAGAUGAACAUGAUCAAGAUGAAGUGGAUGGUCCAGUCAUAGAUGAAUCUGUGCUGUCGGCAAAAGAACUUCUAGGGUUGCAGCAAGCUGAAGAACGAUUGAAGCGAGACUGCAUUUAUAGACUGAAGAAGCAACCUCGAAGCUACCCGUCAGCAAAAUAUACCUGCAAAUUGUGUGACGUUUUGAUUGAGUCAGUGCCUUUUGCUCAUAAACAUAUUAAAGAGAAAAGACACAAGAAGAGCCUAAAGGAAAAGCAAGAAGAACAGCUGCUGACUGCUCUGCCUCCUCCAACGCCUUCCCAGAUACAAGCUAUUGGUGUUGCUAUUGAAAAAGUAGUGCAGGAGUUUGGUUUAAAUCAUGAAGAUCUAGAAGAAAGGUUCAACAUUAAAACAGUGAUGGAAAACUUGCUGUGUCAAAAAUUGCCAGAGUGCUCAUUAAGAUUGUAUGGCUCCUCCUAUAGCAGAUUUGGUUUCAAAACUUCAGACAUAAACAUAGAUAUCCAGUUUCCUGCCAAUAUGGCUCAACCAGACGUUCUCUUACUUGUGCAAGAAAGUCUCCAGAACAGUGAAUCUUUUAUGGAAGUUGAUGCUGAUUUCCAUGCUAGAAUACCAGUGGUGGUGUGCAGAGAAAAGCAAAGUGGCCUUAUUUGUAAAGUGAGUGCAGGGAAUGAGAAUGCCUGUCUGACAACAAACCAUCUGGCUACACUUGGAAAACUGGAACCUACUGUAGUACCUUUAGUGAUUGCCUUCAGGUACUGGGCAAAGUUGUGCUGCAUUGAUCGUCCUGAAGAGGGAGGCUUGUCACCAUAUGUGUUCGCUUUAAUGGUUAUUUUCUUUCUACAACAGAGGAAAGAGCCUAUUCUACCUGUCUAUUUGGGAUCAUGGAUUGAAGGAUUCUCAUUAAACAAAUUAACUAAUUUUCACCUGAAAGAAGUUGAGAAUGAUGCUGUGGUUUGGGAGCAUAACCCCAUUGAUGAUUCUGAUUUGCCACGAGAAACUUCCCCUAGAAGGGGCAAGGUUCCCUUAGUAUUUGAUUCAGGACAUCAGUGUUCAGCACCUGCUGGUCAGCUCUGGGUAGAACUGCUUCGUUUCUAUGCUUUGGAGUUCAGUAUGGCUGAUUCGGUUAUUAGCAUACGACUCAAAGAAACAGUCCCUCGUGAAUCAAAGGACUGGCCUAAAAAGCGCAUUGCUGUGGAAGACCCAUAUUCAGUGAAGAGGAAUGUGGCAAGAACUACGAACAGCCAGCUAGUCUAUGAGUAUAUUCUUCACUGCCUGAGAGCAACUUACAAGUAUUUUGCCUUGCCUCACAAAAAAAGUGCAAAAUUGAGCAAAAAAUCCUCUCCGAAUGCCAAUGAGGAGAAAUCCCAAAUGCUGGACCAUGGAAAAGAUGCUAUAAAGCAUGAACAUUCUGAGUUGCAAAACUUGGAUGGUAGACCAAACACAGCAAUAGUGGAAGAUUGUGUAAUGGAGACUGCAGGUAUGCCCCAGGCACAUAGAACUGAUCCUUCAAAACUGUGUGAUGGCUCAGAAAGCUUCACGGAAGAAGUAGCUGAUGAUAUAAGUCAUUUGGGAAUUGCCCAUGAAGAUUCAGACUGUAUAAUUGAGGAAGUUAUUUCUGGAGAUAAUGAGGAUUUUAAACCAAGUUGUGAAGAGACGGAGAGUGGAAAUGACGAGGAAGAAGAGGAGGAAGACGAAGAACAUGAACAACAAAAAAGAUGGAAUAAUAUCUUGACUACCGAGCAGGGAAUAGAUGAAGACAGUGAUAGUGGAGAUCUCCAUGUUACAGUGAAUGAGCAUGAUGUAGAGACAUGUAGUACUUCAGACUUAGAAGGUUUUCAAAAUGCUGCACUUACAGAGAGUGAUGAGUUUGGCUUAGAGUGCUCUGGCAUAAUGGAUGACAAGAUUGACAUCGAUGAGGAGAGCACUGAGGGUACUGAUGAACUGGAUGAAUCGCCCAAAAAAUUCCUAUGUUCAGCACAGAGUCAAAUAUCCCAAAUGAUUAACUCAGAUGAUGAGGAGGAAGUGGAGGAAGAAGAAACAAGUCUUCUAAACCAGAGAGAGUGUGGUGUUAUCAUAAGACCUGGGGAUGAACUAGAUAACACAUACACUGGAUCUGGAGAAGAUGAUGCACUGUCAGAGGAAGAUGAUGAUUUUUCCAUCCACAAGAAAUAUGAGAAUAAACAUUUCGAAGAAAAUGUGGAUGCACCCCUGAGGAUCAACUUGAGUCAAGAGGAUCUUACUGAGAAGGCGAACCUUUUUGAAGAGAACACAGCAAUGGAACAGUGCUUAGAAUCUGAACUUUUUUAUGAAUUCAGUAAACCAGCUUUUACAAGGGGCAAGUCUCCUACAGUAGUAUGUAGCUUGUGCAAACGGGAAGGUCAUUUAAAGAAGGAUUGUCCAGAAGACUUCAAGAAAAUUGAGCUUGACCCACUGCCAGUGCUAACGCCCACGUUUUCAGUUAUUCUAGAUCAAGUUUGUGUCCAGUGUUACCACGAUUUUGCUCCAAAUAUUGGAGAGGAUCAGGCUCGGGAACAUAUAAAAGAAAAUCUGGAAAACUUCAUUAGACAGGAUUUUCCAGGAACCAAGCUGAAUUUGUUUGGCUCCUCAAAAAAUGGCUUUGGCUUCAAACAAAGUGACCUUGACAUCUGUAUGACAAUGGAUGGGCGGGAAACUGCGGAAGGACUUGAUUGCAUCAGAAUCAUUGAAGAUUUAGCAAACGUUCUCAAGAAACAGACAGGUUUAAGAAAUGUCUUGCCUAUAACAACUGCUAAAGUCCCAAUUGUCAAAUUUUUCCAUGUCAGAAGUGGUCUUGAAGUAGACAUCAGUUUAUAUAAUACUCUGGCCUUGCACAACACAAGACUCCUGUCAACAUAUGCAGCCAUUGAUCCUAGAGUAAAAUAUCUGUGUUACACAAUGAAAGUCUUUACGAAGAUAUGUGACAUUGGAGAUGCAUCUCGAGGUAGCCUUUCUUCUUAUGCAUAUACUCUUAUGGUGCUUUAUUUUCUGCAGCAGAGAAAUCCACCUGUCAUCCCUGUUCUUCAAGAGAUCUACAAAGAACCAAAAAAGCCUGAAAUUUUAGUUGAUGGCUGGAACGUUUAUUUCUUUGAUAAGAUAGAGGAGUUGUCAGUUGUUUGGCCAGACUGUGGCAAAAACACUGAAUCUGUUGGGCAGCUGUGGCUGGGACUUCUCCGUUUCUACACAGAAGAAUUUGAUUUUAAAGAGCAUGUCAUCUGCAUUAGGAGAAAAAGUCUGCUUACAACUUUCAAGAAGCAGUGGACAUCCAAAUACAUUGUAAUUGAAGACCCCUUUGAUUUGAACCACAAUCUUGGAGCUGGAUUGUCAAGAAAAAUGACAAAUUUUAUAAUGAAGGCUUUUAUCAAUGGCAGAAGGGUAUUUGGUACUCCUAUAAAAAUAUUUCCUAAAGAAUAUCCAUCAAAAAUGGAGUACUUCUUUGAUCCAGAGGUACUAACGGAAGGAGAACUGGCACCAAAUGAUAGAUGCUGCAGAAUUUGUGGUAAAAUCGGCCAUUUCAUGAAAGAUUGUCCCAUGAGAAGGAAACUAAGACGGCAGCGUGAUUACGAAGAUAUCCAAAACCAGAGGUACACAGAAAGUAAGGAGAAAAGAAGCAAAGAGGACAAAGAAACUCAGAAUAAAACAACAGAAAAGGAGAGCUUAAUUAAGGAGGGGAAAUUGCAUCUAUGCACACCUCAAAAGAGGAAACUAGCAAGGGUAAUAGUAGAAACCGGAAGAGAAAAGACUCCCAGGCAAUCAGCAGAGAAGUGGAAGCGCCUGGAAGACAGAGACUUAAGAGAAAAACGCUGCUUUAUCUGUGGAAGAGAAGGUCACAUUAAAAAGGAAUGCCCACAGUAUAAAGGAGCUGCAGGUGGUUCAAAACCAGAAGUGUUGUGUGGAUCCUAUUCUUUACCGAGUGCUGCCAAACAUGCUGGUAGAUUAAAGCAGGGAGUGCUUAUACACGAAGAAAAAAAGAAACAAAAAGGAAAAGUAUUUUUGAGUCCGCAGUCAGGUUUGUAUAUCUUCAUUUCAAUUCAGAAAUUCUGCGUAAAAGCAUGUAUUUUUAACUUGCUUUCUCCAUCAGUCCUUAUGGGAACUCUGCCUAAUUUGCUGAACGCAGCAGCAGUCUGGACAGGUUGCUAGAUAAUUCUGAAGUGAAGCCACGUUUAUUUUACUGGAAAAGUGUGCAAUUUUUCAGUUUUGUUUAUGUCAGUUCUAUACAUUUUUUUCUUUAACUCUGGUAGACUUAUUUGAUAAAAACCCACCAUAUCCUUCUGUAGAUUUCACCUGUUUUGGCAUACAUGGGGUUUUGUGUUUCUUCAGGGAUGACAUACGGAGUGCUUUCUUGUGAGGCUUCCUCAGAGUCAUUGUCUAGAAUUCUACAUGAUCAGCUAACUUAAGAGAGCCUAUCAAAGCACAUCCUUGGUCUGAGCUGCAAAAAUGCAAGAAAACUAAAAUUACACUUACAAAUAGCAGGCAAAUGAUAAUAUAAAGGCCUUUAUGUACUCUCUCUGGAUCAGAGAUGUUUUGUGUUAGAUGCACGGUUACAAAUGUAGCUUCCUUAAAGUAAUUUCUCACACUUACUAACAGGUACAAUUACGAUUUUAAAAGCAACUGCUUUGUUUAAUUACUUUGAGUUUCUAGUGAAAUUCUGCAAACCUUUUUUCAAUAAAAUAUAUAAAUGUCUUCUGUGGCACCUGGAGGGGGACCUAAGUAGUCUUUAACAAAUUUUGGAAAGCUAAACUGCAAUUAAGUAUCUCAAAUUAAAUUCUCAAUUUUCUUGGGAAGACAUGGUAUUUUCUGUUUUCAGUGCAAGGCUUUUUCAAAUCUAAGUUUGGGGAUUUUAAACACAAAGUGAUUUGUCAUUGGGUGUUUGGUUGAAGAAAAUGCUAGUUUUCAAUUUUGUGUUUUAAUACUUCCUACUGUCCUCCAGCAGGUAACGAUGUAAAGCUGAUCUGUACAUGCUUUCAUUACAGUUUGAUUUAGCAGUAAUUUUCUCCUGUCUAAUUGUUUCAGUUGUUUUAUGUCUUGGUUUUUUUUUCUUUACAUUUUUUUUUUUAAAAACCUUUAAAGCGUGAUGCUUUUUUCCUCCCAA